GGACGUAUCGAUGCGUUUGGUCCUCAUAGAAGAAGCGUCGACCGACGACCGAGACCGAGAGAACAUGUGUGAUUACGGUAAUACCCUUCCCUAUUACAGCAAAUCGCUGUUGUGCCAUUUUCUUUUUCUUGGUUAUUCCAACAUUAAUUUUUGCAAACACACAGCGAUUCCCCUCUUUCUGAGAUAUUUCGAAUUUCGAUACUUUGAUCAGAUCCACAACACUCCUUCAUCCAUGACGCUUGGCUCUUCAGGAUCCAGUGUCGUGGUUCCAAGGAACUUCAGAUUGCUGGAGGAGCUUGAGAAGGGAGAAAAAGGAAUCGGAGAUGGAACAGUUAGCUAUGGAAUGGAUGAUGGUGACGACAUUUACAUGCGCUCUUGGACUGGAACCAUUAUUGGCCCCUAUAAUACUGUACAUGAAGGAAGAAUUUAUCAAUUGAAGUUGUUUUGUGAUAAAGACUACCCAGAAAAGCCCCCAAGUGUUCGGUUUCAUUCACGAAUCAAUAUGACUUGUGUUAAUCAUGAAACUGGAGUGGUUGAAUCAAAGAAAUUUGGUCUUCUUGCAAAUUGGCAACGGAGGUUUACCAUGGAAGAUAUACUGACCCAGCUGAAGAAGGAAAUGGCGGCUUCACAUAACCGCAAGCUUGUCCAACCUCCUGAAGGUACUCACUAUUAGUGUCCAAGAUCAUACCGAUAUUGGAUCAUAUUGCAUUUGCAGUAUGCAAUAUAUAGUAUGUAUUACUCUUGAUCCUUCUAAAUUCAAGAACAUAAUGGGGAAUGCUCAAAAGAGCUUCAUCUUUACCUCCAUUGAGUUGUUUUGUUGCAAUACAUUUUCAACUGUGUUGAAGGGAUGCUCUUUGAUUUGUCCUAAUUAUUGAAAGCAACUCUUAAAGUAGUGUUCUUUUCUUAUUAUAACAGUUUUUCCCGUUUUGACCUU